GAGUGCGCGCCUGCCGGCCACGUGGUACCUCUGGGCGGAAGGGGGCCCCUCGUGUCGGGAGCGAGAAGGGUGGCCUCGUCGCCAAGCUGACGAUUUGUAGCGCGCGAGGUUAUCGCGAUUAUCGCGGCAUUCACCACGAACUUUGAUUGCUAUGCUUGUGUAAACUCACGUAAUGGAUCUCCAGCCCCUGCCGUCCAUCGUUCACUAAGAGUUUAACCGACCGCAAGACCCUUCGACUAUGUUCACACCGUCUGGCAAGCCAGCGCGGGGCCCCACUCUGAUCCCGCGGAUGAAGAGCAAGCACAGGAUGUACUACGUCGCCCUCUUCUCGCUGCUGCUGCUCGGGCUCCUCUCCACGGGCAUCCUGCAGUUCUGGCCGCGGCGCGGCGGGGAGGCCGAGGGCCGCACCGCGGCCGAGCAGCGCGACAUCAACGAGGUUCCCGUCAUUGGCCUCGGUGACUACAGCCCCAUCCCGGAGCGCGGAGACCUCAGCUGCCGCAUGCACACGUGCUUCGACGUCUACCGGUGCGGACACAACGCCCGGAACAAGAUCCGGGUGUACAUCUACCCACUGGUGCGCUACGUGGACGAGCGGGAUGCCACCGUGGCGCACGUGAUCUCGCGCGAGUUCAACGACAUGCUCGCCGCCGUGUCGGAGAGCGAGUUCUACACGGACGAGCCCAACCGCGCCUGCCUGCUGCUGCCGUCGCUCGACUUCCUCAGCCAGGACCGCCUCAAGGUCAAGGAGAUGGCGCAGGUGCUGGCCCAGCUGCCCGGAUGGAAUCGAGGGACAAAUCAUUUGCUGUUCAACAUGCUGCCAGGCAGUGUUCCAGAGUACAACACAGCCUUGGAUGUUCCCAGAGACAGGGCUAUACUGGCCGGCGGUGGUUUCUCGACAUGGACAUACAGGCACGGCUACGAUGUCAGCAUUCCCGUAUUCAGUGCUUUCUCCACGGAGGUGAACCUUCCCGUCAAACCCCCGGGGUACCGUGCCUGGUUUGUGGUAUCGGCGCAAGUUGGGCUCCACAUGGAGCACCGUGCAGAGCUGGAGACAGUGGAGGCAGAUAACGGAGAGCAGGUGCUGCUGCUGGAGCGCUGUGCCACGCUGCCGCAGGACUCCACGCACGCUCGCACGCGCUGCCGCAAGGACAAGGCGUACAGCUACCCCGAGAUCCUGCAGGAGGCUACGUUCUGCGUGGUGCUGCGCAGGGCUCGGCUGGGCCAGUCAGCGCUUAGCGACACCAUGCAGGCCGGCUGCAUUCCCGUGAUCUUCGCCGACUCCUACGUGCUGCCCUUCUCCGAUGUGCUCGACUGGAAGAGAGCAUCGGUGGUGCUACCAGAGGAUAAAAUCCCUGACAUGUACAACAUCCUGAAGACCAUUCCCCACAAGCAGAUUGUGGACAUGCAAAGACAAGUGAAAUUCUACUGGGAGAUGUACUUCAGCUCAGUCAAGGCCAUCGUCCUGAGCACCCUGCAGAUCAUCAACGACCGCGUUUACCCUUACGCAGCCCGCUCCUAUGAGGAGUGGAACGAUCCGCCCGAGAUGAGGUGGAGCGGUGUGAACAACCCACUCUUCCUGCCACUCAUCCCCCCACGGAGCCAGGGCUUCACGGCGGUGGUGCUCACGUACGACCGCGUCGAAAGCCUCUUCCGCGUCAUCACCGAGAUCGCCAAGACGCCCAGCCUCUCCAAGGUGCUCGUCGUCUGGAACAACCAGAACAAGAGCCCGCCCGCAGAAUCCCUGUGGCCUCGCAUCACGGUGCCCCUCAAGGUGGUGCAGACAACGGAAAACAAGCUGAGUAACCGCUUCUUUCCCUACGAGGAGAUCGAGACCGAGGCCGUGCUCGCCAUCGAUGAUGACAUCAUCAUGCUCACGCCCGACGAGCUGCAGUUUGGAUAUGAAGUACGUACGCGUGGAUGUAUGCAUGUAUGUCGAACGUCUUUCGCACCGUGCGUUAAGUCGACCAUGCUAAUCGGAAGUAAGCAAGAUGUGUUUAAUGCCACAUUGUAAACGAGAACUUAACUCAUU